UGUCAACCUCAAAACUCAAAGGUUGACUCUCACUUUUCAUAAUAAUAAUAAUAAACAAAAAUAAAUUAAAUGUGAAUCAUUUUGAAAAAGUAGAAGAUAUUAUAGUGCAGUAUUUCUUCCAUGGAACCUGUGGCAACAAAAAAAAAUCCAUUCACUAAGAUUAAACCGAAAUUUGUUAAGACCCUGGUAUCUGGAGAACAUGGAAAUGAUAUUGACGUACGAGAAGAUUUGGAACAGUCUGAAAAACUGCAAGAAAUAAUAGACAUACUAGUAGCUGCUGGAUACUUCCGAGCCAGGAUAAAAAACUUAUCUUCUUUCGAUAAGGUGGUUGGUGGCAUGACGUGGUGUAUCGAAUUCUGCAAUGUUGAAGUCGAUGUGGACUUGCUCUUCCAGGAGAAUUCAACAAUAGGUCAAAAAAUCGCGUUGACUGAGAAAAUAGUUGCAGUUUUACCUGAGAUUCAAUGUCCACAUCCUAUCGAGCCUCAUCAAAUACAAGGAUUAGAUUUUAUACACAUUUUUCCAGUAAUAGAAUGGCUCGUGAAACGCUCAAUGGAAUUCAGGAAACAGGCGUUUGACUUUUGUUACUCGUAUGCUGUUAACCAGUUCGAUAAACAUUUCUCUCAACGGUGCGGUUUUACAGAAAAGCAACAGCAAAUGUUGAAGCAUAUAAAAAUGGUUGGUGAUGUUUACGAGCCUCGUAGAGUAUUCAAAAGGAAAGACGCGAUUCCGUUAAAAGAUAUAUACUCUAAGGUUCAAUUAACAUUGUUGGAAUAUGGAUAUAAAGGUGCUCCUCCGCCCAGCGAGAGUGAAAAUGAUUCCAGCUUCCAAGUUGAGGGGAAAAAAAUGGCUCAAAUAAUGGAGACUAUGGACCUAAUCAAUAAGGAUUCCUUGGAUUAUGAAAACCUUCCAGAAGAUCGCGGAAAAAUUUCAGAGCACUACCAGGAACUCAAAAAAGAAUUUAGGGAUUCCGACGCACUGUCUAACGAUGAGAACAAAAUUUCAUACUUGAAAGAAAAGAAAGAAGUUCUCAUCGAUAGUUUGAAGAAACUGAAGUCCAAAAAAAUGAAAAUUCAGGAAAAGAUUGAAGAUCUGAAGGAUUCAGUAUCGAAGAUAAAGCUUGAACAAGCAGAUGUUGGUGAAGCUAUGAAACGACUAGAACCCGAUGAAAAAGAUUCAGAGAAAUUCAAAGAAGUUGAAAGAUUAUUGCUCCAUGGUGAUGAUUUGGAUAAACAGAAAAAAGAGUUUGAAGAGCAUUGCCAGAAGGAAUCGCUUCGUUUACAAACUUCGAUUGAAUCACUAGAGAAGAAAUCAGUAUCGGCAGAAGCUAAAUAUGAAGAAUUCCAUAGCCGAAGUGAAGAAGAAUAUGAGAAGCUGAAAGUGUUGAGAUUACAGGUUGCAAAGAAGAAUAGAGCGAUAUCGAUAUUACAAAGAAGAAUUGAUGAGGUUCCAAGUCGUGCUGAAUUGGCCCAAUAUCAAAAAAGAUUUAUAGAGCUAUACAAUCAAAUUUCAGCGAAACAUAAGGAGACUAAGCAAUAUUAUUCACUCUAUAAUACAUUGGAAGAUACGAGGCAGUAUAUGAAGAAAGAAUUGUCCUUGUUGAAUUCUAUAAUAGAUAAUUAUCCUGAAGCGAUGCGUUCGAAGGAAGGCAAAGAAGAGUUUCUUCAACAGUUUCUGAAUAUUCUCGAAGGUGUGAAGCAAUCUAAAUUGAAAAUGGAGAAGCGACUGUCACAAGAGAAAAGAAAACGAGAUGAGUUGAGCGAUUCUUUGCAUGGGUACAUAGAAAUCAACAGAAAGUACGCAGCGGCCAUCAAAGUGUUGAAGAUUGAAUUUCAGAAAAAUGAGGAAAUCAUUAAAAAUUAUAUGUAAAUUCUUCAAUUCCACAUUAUUUCAGGUACUCACUUCAAAAUUCAACAUUGUUUUUCUUCAGCUAUUCUUAUUUAUAUAAAU